AUGGACAACACUGACAUCGAUGCGAUCGAGAUUGAGACUGCCGAGCUUGCUGUGGAAGAUGAAACUGAACAGCUCCUGGCAGAGAAGGUGGAAGAUGAUGCAUCACUGAGACCGAAUGCCUCUCAUCCAUUCAAGAAAUGGAUGGACAGUUUCCGAACUCGCAGAAGGGUGCCUCCGACAAUCCCGGAAAGACACGUACCCGGCUGGUUUGAAUCAGCGCAAAAUGAAUAUGUCGCGCCCAGCCCGGCUGGUCGCCGAGACUCGCUACUGUCAGGGCAUUCGUCACAGCUGGGAACAGUGAAGACGACCACCCUGAGCAUCACGAGCCGCAGCUUUGGGAGAUCCCGGGGCACAACACAAAGUACUGCUGGUCAGAGCAGCCUCUCGGAUGCUCGAUUCUCAGGCGACAGCUCUCGUCCUACGUCCAGCCAGUACUUUGAUGAUCAGUCAGAGAUGCGGGCGAACAAGAGGCGUCAAGUAUUGCAAGAAAUACUCACCACCGAGGCUGAGUAUGUCAUGGGUCUUAAAGCUCUUACAGGAGUUCUCUCGAUAUUCGAUACCCGACCUGAGAUAUAUCACAACAUUCAGAAGAUUCGCGGCAUCCACGAGAACUUCUUGACUCAAUUGCAAACUAUAUCCCCGAUGUCUUCUUCACAGGCUGCCGACGGUGCCUCCGACCUUGCGACUCGGGGGCUUUCAAAACGCUUGGGCGGAAUCGACUUGCCUGGGCUGAAAGGUCUGCAGAGUCGGUCUUUGAGAACUCGAAGUUUCAAAGCGAGCAUUAAUCGACGUCUCAAGGCUAUGCAAGCGGACCCUUUGGAGGCUCUCGAAGUUGCACGCGCCGUGGAGAAUUUGUCAGUGUCCUUUCCUGCGUACGAAGAGUUUUGUAGCAAUUACGACUUGUUCACACAAGACUUGGCCAUCUUGCGACGUUCGGUUCCAAAUUGGGCAAUGUUCGAUCAGGGUAUUGAAGCGUUGUCAAAAUCGGUCACCUCCAUUGAAAGCCGAAAGCUCGAAGAAAACAAAUCGAUGACUAUGAGUGAUUUGAUGAUCAAGCCCAUCCAGCGACUGUGCAAGUAUCCGCUUCUCCUUCAAGACCUGCUUCGGAAUACCCCUGUCAGCGAUUGUCCGUCGUCUCAUAAUGGAAUGCGGCAAAUUUUGGAGAGUUUGCGCGUUCUGGUGGCCCGAAUCAACUCGGCAACCGGAAAUCCCGUCAAGAAAGAUCGGAUCCAAAAGACUAUACUCCUUCAAGGGCGCUUUGACUUUUCUGAGUCGUACAAACUGCAGGACAUAUAUAAAGAUUUGGGUCCAAUGACGCUGUGCGGUGUUUUGCACGUCACCUAUCAGGCCCCAGGGCAAACUACGGGAGACUUCAUGGUUUCUGUGCUCUUCAACUGUUAUUUGCUUCUCGCCAAAGGGCUGGAUGAUGGUCGACGACUGGAGGUUGUAGCAUGUAUCUACCUGGGUGAUUUGAAGGAGGAAACCAUCCAAAAUGGACAAGGUCUUUUCUGUUACGGUUGUCCGUUCUCGUGGAAGUUUCAGUUCCAAGUGCAAGAAGAGAGCUAUGAAUUCGUUCUCAGCGCAUCAUCCUCAAUUGAGGAGAGGCUAUGGAAAACGGAGACCCUCAAGUGCUCUGCGGCCCUCGCAGAGAUGGCUAAGCCAGGCGGGACUUGGGAUCCCAGAAAGUAUACUCUUCUGAGCCUUCCUCUGGUACCGUUGGAUCACAUCCAAUAUACAGUGUCUUCCUUGGCCAGACGCUCAUCGAUGGACUCUGUGGGAAUCCAGCGCAAGGCCAAUGUCCAACCCGUGGUCAUCAAAAAGACUCACUUUCCGCACUCUUCAGACGAGGCCACCAACCCACCACCGGAGGGCGAGAUCGAAAGGCCCAAGACCACGGUUGCACGCGGUGCUCUAACCGUAACUGCAAAACGAGCGGAACGAGUUCGCCUAGAGCGAUUGAUCUCGGAUGCCUAUACUCGAGAUGUACUUCCCUUGCCGGGAAUGGUGCUUGGUCGAGGUGAUAUAUUUCGACGCGGCUCGAUCAUGAGACGCCUCAGUCUUCAUGCCACAUUUGCCAAACGGUCCAGCUCGGUCAGUAUUGCGAGCCAAUCCGGACGGGCGGUAGCCGACGCGCGCUCGAUCGACUAUCAAAGUGGGGAGGAAAAGGAUUUGGUAACCACUGGUGAUGGGGCCAAUGACCAGCGCCGCUCAGCAGAGGCAGACUGCGAGUCGCCUAAAACCCCGACAUCAACACUUGGACGUCAACGGACGAUUCGAUUCCGGAGCAUACCCAAAAGAACGUCCGAAUCGGCGUCUUCACCACGGAGUGAGAAACGCACCAGUCAGGAGAGCAGCUAUGAACUGUCUCCGACGCGGAAGAAAUGGUCAUCAACCAUCGGCCUGCUGAGUGCGCUUUCGCCGAAGAAAUUGAUCAGGCCACGGUCCAACACGGGGCAUGGGGAAGAGAAUUGA